AUGGGUUUAGCAGCACCCAAGAACAAGACUAAGAUCGGUAAUGAUCCCAACAACACCAAAUGGACCCGGUCCACGACUGGAUUUGGACAUCGGAUCAUGAGUUCUCAGGGCUGGACUCCUGGAAGUCUCUUAGGUGCCAAAAAUGCUGCCCAUUCCGACAUGUUGACCGCCGCAAGCGCCUCCCACAUCAAGGUCUCCCUCAAGGAUGACACCCUAGGGCUGGGGGCUCGGUUAGGCCGACAGGGCGAACAGACGGGUCUGGAUGCCUUCAAGGGUCUAUUGGGUCGACUCAACGGCAAAAGCGACGAGGAAUUGAAGAAGGAUGAAACCAAGCUGGAAGAUGUCCGGUUGGCCCGUUAUGCCUCCCUGAAAUUCGCUCCGGUCAGGUUUGUCCGCGCCGGCUUGCUGGUCCAAGAAAAAGAGCCCGAAAGCACCCCAGCCAAGGAAGAAAAGAAGCCCAAGUCCGACAAGAAGAAACGCUCCAAGUCCGACGACGAUGAAUCUUCCAGCGACACCGAAACCCGCAAAUCGAAGAAAUCGAAGAAAUCCAAGUCCAAAUCCAAGUCCAAGUCCAAGAAGUCGAAAUCCAAGGAGGAUUCUGACUCGGAAUCGGAUUCAGAGUCGAAAGAGAAGAAGAAGAAGUCCAAGAAGAGAAAGGCCGAGUCCGAUGACUCUGACAAGGCCACCGAAGUCAAGACAGCCGCUCCCUCUCGGGCACGUCUGCCAAUGGGUCGGCAGUUUACUCGUGCCCGUCACAUUGCCCAGAAAAGGAAAGCCAUCAUGGACGACAAGUCUCUCAACGAGACCUUAUCCAUCUAUCCAUCUAUCCAUCAAUUGAAAGUAGUCAGUAACUGGCUAGUAACCGGUUACUCUGUUGAAAUUGGGACUCUCGAGUAUUACCUAAGCAGAGAUCCAUCAACGUCAUAUGUCUUUCUUGAACUUCCCUCCUGCACAUCUUCCAGCAUUCAAAGAUAUUUCCCCGAAAAGGGGGAACUUGUACAGAAGACAAUGAACGGGGAACCUAGGGGUCGUAUGUCGACCAAAUCCCACUCGACCCGGGGAAGAAAAGGGAUUCACUGGGCACCGUUGAAUAUCGGCUUUGAACGACGCCUACAGACCUUCAUUGUGCUCUGUCAUACUUUAACCAUCGCUAUCUUUCUUACUGGCUUCUUCUUCACUUGCGCCAUUCCGAUCUUCUGGCCGCUUCUGGUCCCAUAUCUGGUUUACAUCUCUCUGUUCUCAACGGCCGCAACAUCCGGGGAUUUGAGAGGCCGCAGUCCUUUCUUGCGCUCACUCCCAAUCUGGAAAGUGUAUGCGUCCUACUUUCCCGCUCGUCUGCACCGAGAGGAAGAGCUGCCCCCUACCAAGAAGUACAUCUUCGGUUAUCACCCACAUGGGAUCAUAUCGCAUGGUGCCUUUGCCGCAUUUGGCACAGAGGCUCUUGGGUUCUCGAAGCUGUUUCCGGGGAUCACAAACACGCUAUUAACCCUAGAUGCAAACUUCCGCAUUCCGUUUUACCGCGAAUAUGCGUUUGCCAUGGGACUGGCGAGUGUGUCUCGGGAAUCCUGCGAGAAUAUCUUGACCAAGGGGGGCAGCGAUGGAGAGGGCAUGGGGCGAGCCAUUACAAUCGUCGUAGGAGGCGCGCGGGAGUCUCUGAAUGCCCAACCCAACACACUGCGCCUGGUGCUGAAACGUCGUAAGGGAUUUGUCAAGCUCGCAAUCCGGACAGGAGCCGACCUUGUGCCCGUUCUGGCCUUUGGGGAGAAUGAUCUCUACGAUCAAGUGGACUCGGACCAGCACCCGCUCAUUCAUAAGCUGCAGAUGUUCAUCAAGAAGACCAUGGGCUUCACUGUUCCUUUGUUCCAUGCCCGAGGUGUCUUCAAUUACGAUGUCGGUUUGAUGCCUUACCGCAACCCUCUCAACAUUGUGGUUGGACGACCCAUCCCCGUUAUGCAACAGCAAAACCGCGACAAGAUUGACGACCAAUACAUCGAUGAACUUCAUUCUCGGUAUGUGGAAGAGCUGGAACGUCUAUGGGAUCAAUGGAAGGAUGUCUAUGCCAAAGAUAGAGAGGGCGAAUUGGAAAUUAUCUCUUGA